GCGGUAGCCCGAAAUGGACAAGAAGAUCCUCAGGCAUAUGCAUGGCUCGCUCGCCUAGCCUACGACCGAGUCUAGGGACGGUGAGCUUCCCACACUCCUCCUCUAAAAAAUUAUGAUAUAGCAGGGUAGAUGAGUCAAUGACGGGUAAGAGCGUGCCUCCCCAGCAUGACUCGACCUAAGCCAGGCCCUACCCCAUCCUGCACGUAAGCCGCUGGACUGUUAGAUGCUGCCCAGGUCUAAAUUUCUCUCCGAGGGGAUUUCUUUACGGAGAGGAAAUGAGUGCAAGCUUGUGUGCAUCCAGGUUCCGUCCAGUUUGUGCCUGGCCCUAGAAAAAGGACGAGGGCCUCAGGGCCUUGGCAGACCAUGGGACGGCCGACCAGGGUCUAAGCCAAGGACCUACGGUGGGCCUACGCAUAGGGCAUAAGCCUCUGCACCCAGUCCAGGAAGGGCUACGAUGCGCACAUUCAUAAAAAAUAAAAAAGGGGGAGAUGUUGGGAGCCGCAGCCCCGAGCCCGGUCGCCUCACUUGGCGGACGUGAGGCCUGUAGUAAAGAGUGAGGCCUGAGGUAGAUUACCCCUCCCAUCGAAUAUGUUAGUUUCCUGCUUACCGCGUAAACAACCCGCUCAACAAUAUAGUCUGCCUGGCAACUGAUGAUGUUAGCCAAUCAGCUUGCCUUGCUUACUUUAACAUGAUUGGACACUGUACCCGUAUAUAUACCGGUGCCACCCCUGGGCGGAAGAAGAAGCCAGAUAGAAGCCCGGAAGUAGAAGCCCAAAAGGAGCCGCGGAGAGCGGACCGGUAGAGGCUUUGGGGCAGACUGAAGCACAAAAGGAGCCGCGGGAAGCGGACCAAAGGAGGCUUCAGCUGGGAGAACCCAGGGCAGGCUGUACGGAGAAGGAAAAUAAAAAGAAAAGGUUGUCCACUACCAGACUGUGUCGUGUGUCCUUCCUGCCGGCCGGGAGCGGACAUCGACACAAGUCUUCCCCAGGCAAAGUCAAAGAAGCUGUAAAGGCAGCCAUUGAUGCAGGAUAUCGCCACCUUGACUGUGCCUUUAUGUAUCAGAACGAGCGUGAGGUGGGAGAAGCCAUCCAAGAGAAGAUUCAAGAGAAGGCUGUGAAGCGAGAAGAUCUCUUCAUUGUUAGCAAGUUGUGGCCCACAUUCUUUGAGAGAAGCCUGGUGAAGGAGGCCUGCCAGAAGACCCUGAAGGACCUGAAACUGGACUACCUGGACAUCUACCUCAUUCACUGGCCGCAGGCAUUUCAGCCUGGAAAGGACUUAUUCCCCAGAGAUGAUAGUGGCAAUUUAAUUCCUGGCAAAGCAACAUUCUUGGAAACCUGGGAGGCCAUGGAGGAGCUGGUGGACCAAGGUUUGGUGAAAGCCAUUGGCAUUUCCAAUUUCAACCACUUCCAAAUAGAAAAGCUCUUGAACAAGCCUGGACUGAAAUAUAAACCAGUCACUAACCAGGUGGAGUGUCACCCAUACCUCACUCAAGAGAAGCUGAUCCAGUACUGCCACUUGAAGGGCAUCACUGUCACUGCCUACAGCCCCCUGGGCUGUCCAGAUAGACCUUGGGCCAAGCCAGAGGACCCUUCCCUGCUGGAUGAUCCCAAGAUUAAGGAGAUUGCUCUGAAGCACAAAAAGACCACAGCCCAGGUUCUGAUCCGAUUCCACAUCCAGAGGAAUGUAGCAGUGAUCCCCAAGUCUGUGACACCGGCACGCAUUGUAGAGAACUUUCAGGUCUUUGACUUCAAGCUGAGCGAUGAAGAGAUGGAGACCAUCCUCAGCUUCAACAGAAACUGGAGGGCCUGCAUCUGGGUUCCCACUGAAACUUGGGAGGAUUUUCCCUUCCAUGCCGAAUAUUGAGGUUGACUUUCCCCAUGAGAUGAACUGUAGAUGCUCCUUUAUCACUGAGUUGGAACUCACUUCUCCUGGUUUUAAUCAAGCAUAUCUGAAAUCCUGAUAUCCUUGGCCAUGGUAGACUCAACCCCAGGUUGUGCUUCCAUCCAUGUGCUCAGCCACUCGGGGGAAGGGUGACUCCAAGAAGCCAAUGACAACUCUUUUUUCCACUUGAUUGGUGUGGCAAAAUGAGAAUUAAAUGCCUAAAGAUCCUCAACCUGAGGAUGCCAAUAUGACGACAAUAAAAUUUAAUGAUAGUAAUCCA